GGGUGGGGCGUCACCAUGGCGGCUGGAGGCGGCGGCGGGCGGCGCCGGGGGCCACGCUGAGGUGGCGGAUCAUGGUCUCGCGAUACACGCGGAAGCCGGUUCCCCCCGACGUCCUGGAGACACGGAGACUUACAAAAAAUGCCUUAGCACAACAUCCCCUGCCAGAACUACUAGAUGACAUUUAUUCAGCUAUCCCAAGCACUGAAAGUUAUGAAGAAGCUUCAAGUGAGCCUGAAAUCUUGAAGGAUUCAGAUUGCCCAGCUACUACAUCAGCUGACAAUGGGAACUCAUGGUCUGCUAGCCAGAGUUACGCAGGCACCUCCACUGAAGGCAGCUCAGUCUUCUCCUGGGGCUAUGAUGAAUUCGACAAAGCUGCCACACGACAAGUCCAGCAGAUGUUCAGACAAAUUGAUGAACUUUUAUAUGAACAGAAAGCAAGUGUGCAUGUUGAGGAUCUGCAGGAAGAGUGCCAACAGUGGACAUCUAGUUUUCCUCAUCUCAGGAUACUGGGAAAGCAGGUAGUAAUCCCUACAGAUGAAGGGUAUGGAUGGUAUUCAAGUUCACUUUCUGGCAAUUUAGGUUCCUUAGACAUAAGUCAAGCUCCAGAAAAAGAUUUUAGUGAGUUUAGUGUUUUUGGCAAGAAGGUACCUCUUUCUGUUACUCCUAUUCAUAAAGGCAUUGACUUUUCAAAAUCACCUGUCCUGUGUUCCAUGGAGAGUGAAGAAAGUGAAGAUAGAGUGAUUGUCUCUGAAGGAAUAAUGGAAGAAUAUUUAGCAUUUGACUGCAAAGAUGCGGAGGAAGAAUUACAUGAAAGGAAAAUGGGACUCCCAUUUGAUAGACAGAAAUUAGGUUUUCCUCCUGUCUCUCCAUAUCACUGCAUGAAAGAUGCUGUGCUUACAUAUGUGUUUGAUGAUGUAUGGAGUGAAGUCCUGGGCUAUAUGAAAGAGUUAGUCUGCAGGCACUGGGAAGGAUCAGUCACUGAUGAUGAAAGAAAUGUUAUAACCAUUGAAACGAUAAAAACAGAUUCUGAGAGCCCUUUUAGGCAGUUUGAACCUAUGCCAUUGGUAUUACCUCGAGUGCCGCAAGCUAAAAUACCUGCCAUCACCUCAAAUCUGACAAAUUUCUCUCAAGGAUCAAGUGGUAGCUCUCAGCGCAGUCUAAAUGGUUUGAUGAUGAUACAUGGGAUCCACUUACAGCAAAGGAAUCUGCCUUUAAUGGACAAAAUAUUAGAUCUGGAUGACAAACCACUUCUGAGGCCAGGCUCCAGUUCCCUUCUCUCAGCCAGAAGUCGACCAAAUCACCCUCUAGAGCUCAGUACAUCAUCUCUAUCAUAUUCUGCUCAUUCCACUAGAAGGCGAAACCCACCACCACGCACUCUGCAUCCCAUCAGCACUAACCAUUCUCGCUCUGGAACACCAAGAUCCAUAGACAAUGUCAUCAAAGGAACACGAUUUCCUACUGCAUAUGACAAGCUGUCAUCACCCUCCUCUGUGCCACUGAGCCGAAAUAAUGUCCUGCCACCUAUUAGUACUACUGAUGUGGUGGAGCACCUGAGCACCAUGGGAUCCCAAAAGCAAAUGAAAUCCCGAGGGACUUCCAGUCGUGCUCAUAGCGCAGUAGCAAAUGAAGUUAACCAUCAGCAGCCACAAGAGAGACUUUUCUUACCUGAUAAUUUCUCAAGGCCCAACACAACACAUGCAUUUUGGCCAGAUCUGCAAUACCAACGUUCUUGCACUAUUAUUGAUUAUACUAAUCAACUCCGGACCACCAGAGGAUCAGCAGGCCCAGGUUUGCAGCUACAAGGUUCUGUGAGAACUAAUAGCCGAGGUGGAUCUAUUACAAGAAGCAGACAGGGACUUUGAUGUGCUCUGAAGGAUUCUUCUAUCUCCAGUGAACAUAUCCAGAACUUCAUGAAUCAGUGCUGAAUCUCAGCAAUGUCAAAGUUGUUUACAGAAGAACUUACAAAACAUCUUUCUUUAUGAAGAGUCUUAUUUUGUAUAAUAUUUAAAAGAAAAAAAAAAGCAAAGUAACUGCCAAAGACUACAGGAGUGUAGCUACACUUUCAGUUCUCCACCAGCAGACCAAGUUAGUGGAUACAAAUGCUUGUAUUCUCAAAGGCUACCAGCUACUCUGCCAAACUGUUGUUGAAUAAUUAUUGCCUCGGGACUCUUUGGGCACAUCCACAUUUGGUUGCCUGGGGACAACUAGCAGCGGCGCACCUUGUGCUGCAGCAACUUGUCCCAGGAAAUGCCUGUGCCACGUGCACUUUAGUGCGCAGCAAGUUGCCCUUGGUAGAGUAGGGGAGGAUGGCCCCAGCAGCCUUACCUGAGGGCUUCUCAGGGCUGCUGCUGCAGCAGUUCUGUCACGUGGAGCCUGGCUGGCAGUGGAGCGCAGCUCUGGGCAGCCCAGCUCCUUCUUUUCAGCAGCAUGCGCUGCCUAAGUGUGCGCUGUACCACUUUUGUGGGGGGUAUGAUAUCCAGGGGUCAAAAAAACCUGUAGGAAAAAAUCCAGCGCAGCACACAUUCAGGCAGUGCAUCCUUGCAGCGCAGAAAACACUGGACUGUGCAAUAUGUGGCACUGCAAACGUGUUUGUGGCACCACAUACUGCAGAACCACACCCAUCUGGGCAUGCCCUUUGGGUCCAGUUAUUACAACGGACUACAGGAACAGCUGUCUACCCACUAACUUAAGUAAAAGCUAUUGCACUCUCCCAGUAAUAUAAUUAUUUUUAUAGCAGUAAUUCAGAUUUUAAAAAAUCCUCAAAGUAAGAUGCCUGACAGUGUUGCUGUAUCAAAUAUAAUAGAAAAUAAUAUAUCCAUUGCAUAUACCAUACUACUCCCUGUUCAACUUUGUUAUUCAAGUCAUUUUGAUAAAUUUGGUCCUGAGAUAGGUACUAAAGGCUGAGUUAUACAUUAAGGAAGUAAAUCAAAGGUAAAAAGAAAAUGUUAUACUUCUAAAGUGGCAGGCUUAACUGUAGUGUAUUACCUUCCCUUUCUGUAUUAUCCAUUAAAAACUCUCCACCAAUGACAAAGGAGAAACUUUUCAAGGGGCAUAAGCAGUCUUUUACACCAGAUGAUUUCAGGCAGUACUGAAAGUAAAAGAAACUCUUCUUUGUUUAAAGUGAAAUAUUUAUGAUGUAAUGUCAGAGGAUACAUCUGUCUGUCUUAGUUUUUUUAAACAAAGUAGUGUCUGUUUCAGUAUGCAGGACUUGCUCAGCUUUGCAGUUUUCACUGCUAGACAGUUUACAGCCAUAAGAGAUCAACAUACUGGGAUGUAUUCUGUUGUAGUGAACACUAUGGUUUAAAUGAAUCUUACACAUGAAAUGCAAGUUUCAUACUGAAGUAACUUUAAAUUUAUAAUGAUGUUUAAGUAGAGAUUAGCUCCAGGACUUACUUGUACUGGUAAGUGUCAGGCUACAGAUAGAGACAAGGUCAGUCUUUUACUAUAUUUUUGGACAACAAAUUAUUCUGCUACCAUGUGAAGAUAGUUGCUUUGUUAAACAGAAACUGAGUCACUUUUUAUACACAAUUAAAAAAAGUCAAAACCCUUUUCUCAGUUCCCACUGAGUUUGUAGUUUGAUACUAUCAUGUAUAAUUAAGAAAACUAGUAUCUUGUCAGAUAACUUUCCUGUUCUCUCCUGCAAGAAAACUGCCACUAUGGGACAGAACUUAUUUUUACAGGUUGAAGUUCCUGUCAAGGGAAAGAUGUCCAGGUGCCUGGACAGGGAACUAUUUCUCCAUCUAGUUCAAGCUUUUCCUUGCGUUUUGGCUUCCACUUAUUUUCUCCCUUUUGUGUGAAUAGAAGAUAAUAGAAGACUCAUGGUUAAAGAUUGUAUAGCUAAAAAAACAAGCUGGACCAAGUGAAUAUCCUAAUUAGCCCUUUAUCCUAGAAGUCUACGAACUCAUCUGCAAGGAAACCAAAAGGCUGUGCUCUGUAUCCAACCCAAAGUCCCAUGAAGCAUGAGUGGUAUUGAGGAAAAGCUCUUAUCAGACUUUUUGGGACCUUUCAACAACUCAGCAAUUGCUAGAUCCCUAAAGAUUCCAUUCAUUAAGCCUCUCAAAUUCUGAUAUUAAUUACACAUGGGAUACCAGAACACUUCAGAAUUAGCCGAGUAUGUUUAUAUAUGUACUAUGUUUAUGUUAGUGCUCUGGUAGGUGCAUGAAUUUUCUGCAUGUAGUUAACUAAUUGUAAAUCCAUUUAUAGCCAAAAGGCACAAAUAAUCUUGGUUAUUAUACCUGUUACAUGCUUUAUGGAAACAAAAAUAAAACUUGGUCAGGACAGUUUUAUUCA